GGACACGGCAUCUUAUUGGCAACAAGGUACAUUUCUUCAUUUUCUGCACUGUCCAUAGCGGCACAGCCAUAAAUCUGGGCUAUAUAAUAGCUACAUCUACUUUAUAGUGUUUUUAUAGCGUUCAACAAAUUUCUUCACUGAGACCGGACUUCGAUUGGUUACUGCGUAAACUUUCUAGGGCGCUUACAGUCUAGAUCGUGUUUUAUAUCUAGAAAGAGAUUUGUUGGUCUUUGUUCUGUAUUGGGAUCUGUUGAGUUCUUUGUUGGAGUGAAACAUGGGAGCGCAAUUCUCUAAGACAGCUGCAAAUGGAGAGACUGUGGCAGAAAAACCCGGAGAGGCUGCAGCUUCACCAUCUAAAGCCAACGGGCAGGAAAAUGGUCAUGUGAAGGUGAAUGGGGACGCAUCUCCAGCAGCUGCUGAAGGCAAAGAGGAGGUUCAAGCCAAUGGCAGCGCUGAAACCGAAGAGGCACCGAAAGAAGAGAAAGAGAAAGCUGAGGAUUCUUCUGCUGAAAAUAGCCCAGAGGGUGAAAAGGAAAAAACAGGACCAGUUGCUUCCACUGAAGAGGAGGUUGCAAAAGCUGAGGAUGCUGCCACUCCCUCCACAAGCAAUGAGACACCCAAGAAAAAGAAGAAGCAUUUCUCCUUUAAGAAAUCCUUCAAGUUAAGUGGUUUUUCUUUCAAAAAAGCCAAAAAGGAGACAGGAGAAGGACAGGGCGUUGAGGAGGCAGCCGUCAGUGAGGAGGCAAAAACAGAGGGAGCUGAAGCUGCAGAAUGCGAUAUGUCUAAAGAGACCAAACCAGCAGAGGAGUCAGCGCCUGCCACAGACAGUUCCAGUGAACCCAAACCUGAGGUGACGCCAGUAGAGAAACCAGAAGAGGAGCCCAAGGCUUUUAGUCCUGGCACAGAGGAGCCCAAAGAUGAAGUGAAUCCAUCAGAGCCAGCGAUCGCUGAACCCACUCUUUCUCCAACUGAAGCACCUGCACCAGAGGAAACCGCUCCUGCUGCACAGGAAGUGGAAUCCAGUCCAGUUCCCCCUGUGGAAUCCACUGCUGAGUAACUAGCACAAUGCACACCAAUAGAAAAUGGGGAAAUAUUGUAAUCAAAAAACAUUCCCUGUUGCCUAGUAAAGUGGCACCUGGACAGGAGGCUUUGGAGAACUUUGUUCGCAACCAGGGAUAUUUAAUUUUUUGGUAACGAUGUUACAAUAAGGUUGUAUUUGUAUCAGUAAGUGCAUUAAUGAACAUAAACUAAUAAUGAGCAAUAUAGCAUAACGAUUCAUUUCAGAUCUAAAGAUUCAUUUCAGCAUUUAUUCAUCUUUGUUAAUGUUAGUUACAACAUUGGCAAUUUUUCAUGUUAGUUCUGGGGCAUUAACUAAUGUUUACAGUUAUAACAUUUGAUUUUUAAAAUGUAUUAGUAAAUGCUAAAGUCAACAUGAACUCGCAUCGUGUCGACACCGGACGCGACCGAUGCGACAUGACGACCUGCUUGUUCUUAAUGGGUUUGUCGCGCCGCAUCCAGUGUGGACAAAAUUUAAAAUUAUGAUGGGUUCUAAUGCGUUUCUAAUGUCUUUUGUCAAGUUGCGUCGUGUCCGGUGUAGACACAGUGGAAGAUGAAUAAAUGCUGUAGAAGAAUUAUUUGUAGUUAGUUCAUGUUAGCUAAUACAUUAACUAACUGUUAACAAAUACAAACUUAUUGUUACCUUUUUUGUACUCCCCUUCCCAUCUCACUCCACCCUUUGCUCAAGUCAUUUCUCAAGCUGUGAGAGCGGUGUUUUUGCAUCAGUAUUACCAGUUUUUAUUUUUGCAUUUUUAAAUAAAUAAAAUUUGGGUAUAGACAUGCCCAUGGAGUAAGGGGGCUAGAGAAUAGGAGUUUUUUCAACUUUGGUGCCUCAGAAUUAUACAACUGGGAACAUACUACCACAUAAAGAGUAGUCCAAAAACAAACAACCAUCCAACAACCAAUUUACAUACCACGAUUAGUUGAACUCUGAAAACAUGCUAAUAUAAUUCCCAGUGCUAGGUUUUGAACAACAUUUUAGAAAGAUCUUAGAAACGUUCCACUUCUCUUUAGCUUCAACUGUCAGUGAUUUCCAUAGAAAACAGUUGUACAGGUUUCAUGGUGUACUGCCAUUUCUGAGUUUAAUACUGUGUAAGUAUGUAUAGGAGGGAUGUUUUAACUGUGAUUAUUGUACAAAUUAAAUCGUGAUCUUCAGAAGCACAUGCAGCUCUUGUAUCACCAAGCUUGUUUUUGUAAGAUAAAGUCAUCCGAAAGACCUUUUGAAGCGAUUUUUGAACUGAAACUGUCACAUGUGACCUGGUUCCUGUUUACACAAUGUGGUUUGAUUACAAUUGAUGGUGCUUUUUGAGUGGUCCUUGACAAAAUUAAGGAAUCUAUCACAUGCAAUAUUUGUGUAGCAUCUUGUCUUUUUUCUUUGUAAAUAUUGGAAAAGCUUUGACCUUUUUGGUUUAGAGAUGGAUCGUAACUUGGCUUACAAAAUUGCUUUGCUGAAGGUGUUCUAAAUUUCUGUGAGCACACUAAACGCAAAAAUAAAUGUGAAUAACCUUUGA